UACAGGACAUGGCAUACAGCAUUCACAAGAAAAGUUAUAGUCUCCAUGUGGUCUUAGGAUACGUUAAGGUUGGAAAUUCAAGGUCAUGUGAGUUGCUGUACGAUAGGAAAGAGAAGCCUUCAGUUUUGAGAAUUACUGAACUUUUAUUUCAAGACGAAAUAAAAAGGAGACGAAGAAGAGAAGAUGGGGACGGUGGAAUUAUCGUUAAGGGUGAAGCUUCAGGAGACACCUACGCUACUUCUCUUUUUUCAAGAGAACACUUCUGUCAAUUCUCUGGAUGCCGUCGCCAAAGAGUAUAUUGAUGAAUGGAAUACAUAUACUCAGAAACGAGAUGGUCAGCUGGUGAGGACACGGGAGGUUACUUGCCAGACUUUUCUCAAAUAUUUUGUGGAUAAAACAAGCCAAAAGUCUGCUGUUGUUUUCAAGGACACUGGUAGUUGGGCAACACAAUGGGACAUGUAUGAUGAAUACCAGAAACUAAAAGCGGAAAAGCGCAGAGCUUCAACAAAGUCAUCAGACUCUUCACUCUUCAGAAAGAAGGAACCUACCAUCGAAUACUACAGAGGAGACAAAGAAGAACAAGACACAACUAAUCUUUCUAUAGACAAGAAAGGCGGAGGUAUUGAAGUUACUACUUUACUGAAGGGUCUGGGAUGGGUGGAGCGGUUGCUUUCAACUACAAAAAACAUCAAUCUCCUUCAUGCUUACACAAGUGGAAUACACCAGGUGAAAGAAGGUCGAAAAGUAAGUAUGUCUUCUGAGAAGGCGAGUAUGGAGCUCUUGUGGCAGUUCACCUCCGAUGACAUGGCUGACAGACGUGUUAAUAGCAUUGCAUUUUGCAGAACAUCUCCUUGGUUGGUACUAGCCACAUAUGGGUCUCUUGGCUUCACUGGUCUUAAAGAUGGAUUCCUUUGUGGAUGGAAUGUUAAGAAAUUCGGACAACCAGAAUUAUGUUUACCACUUCCGGGGCCACCAACAGUUAUCAGUGCUUGUCCAAGUGCACCUCAGCUGUCUUGCAUUGCUCUGUUAGAUGGAACUUUACUUGUAUAUCAGCUUGAUACACCUGCACCACAAAUAGUAAUGGAUUCUAGUGCAAGUGUUGAUAAGCAUUCGGGACCUGUUUGGGCUGUUGAAUGGAGAGAUUCUCAAGUUCUUAGUGGUGGUGCUGCCAAAAAGACUGCUGAAGGAGACAGACCUCCCUCCUUCAGGAAGCUUGUGAUUAACAUGCAGCAAAGUGCAACAAGUCCUUCACCAGAGAUGGCUUAUGUGCUGAUAUCCUCUUCUGAGGAUGGUACUGUGAAGGAGUGGAUAUUUGUUAAAGGAUCAAUACUAUGCUGUACUCGUCUUUUAAAUGUACGUCUUCCUCUGUGGCUAUCAUUAAAUAUUGCUGGAGGCCUGGAUAGACUUCUUGGUAAAUGUGAAGACAGUGAAGAAGAGGAAUUUGUCAAAAAAGGCGAGUCAAGAAGUCUUGUACUUCCACAGAAAGUACCAGCUACAGCUAUGCACUUCCGACCUGGUGAUAAAACCACUUAUCUCAUUGGAACGGCUGCAGGAGAUGUACUUAUGGUUAGCUUGAGAAAAACUUUACAUAUACAUAUUUAUUUUAAUGCACCCUUUGGCCAUUCGAGUGGUUGAAGCAUUGUAUUUUUGGCAGAUUAAGU